AUGCCUGCUGUUGGCUCUGAAGAGUGGUUGGCCGAGGACAAAGGCACGGCAAUCCUCGUUGCCUGCUGGGUUUCCACCUUGAUCAGUUCCGUGUUUGUGUUGUCGAGAGUAUAUGUCAAUGGCUUCAUGAAGCAGAAACUUCGCAGCGAUGACUGGUUCAUCAUCAUCGGCCAGUUUUGCGGCUACCUGGCAGUUGCAUUCGCCACCAUCGCCGUGAUCCACGGCAAUGGCCGGCACAUGGCGGCGCUGUCGCAGGACCAACAGUCCGGCGCCAUCCUGUGGACGACCGUCGGCUUCGUCCCCGGGCUGCUCUCGUUUGGCCUGCCCAAGCUAGCCGUCGUCUCGCUCCUCACGCGCCUGCUCAACCCGAAGCGGUUCCACAAGUGGUUCCUCUGGUGGCUGGGACUCUGGUGUCUCGCCUCGGUCAUCGUCACGGGUAUUCUGCUGUUGGUCCGCUGCACGCCCGCCAACUCGCUCUGGGACUUUUCCGUAGAGGGAACCUGCUUUGACGUGCAGUAUCUCAUUGACUUUGGGUUGUAUGCCGGAUCCUUUUCUGCGUUUGUCGAUGUCUAUCUUGCCAUUUACCCUGCAGUUGUUCUGUUCAACCUUCAACUCUCCCUGAAGAAAAAACUGGCGCUUUCCAGUGCCCUGGGUAUUGGAUCAAUCUCCGGCGCCGUUGCUAUCUACAAGACGACUCGAGUACCCUCCAUCGGCAGCAUGGACUUUUCCUACGACACAUCCGACCUGGUGGUUUGGACCGUAAUCGAAGGCAGCGCCAUCAUAAUCGCAGCCUCCAUCCCCGUCCUCCAGCCGCUGCUCGAGAUCAUCCUGAAGCGCAACCCGUUUUCCUCCAACAACCGCUCCAAGCGGGACAAGCCAUCCACGGGCUACAACAACCUCUCGGACUCGAGGGGGUACCGCUUCGAGCUGAGCGACCGGAGCAAGCAGCAGUCCAGGAAGCAGCGCGACGAGCUGGGCUUCACCGUCGUCGACGACGCAAACAGCCAGGAGGAGAUCCUCAGCCCCCGAGACAAGACUUUGACCUCGUACGUGGCCGGGGCGUCGCCGGCGCCGCCGUCGAGGGGCGACGUGGUGGAUGGGAAAGGGGGUGAUCGUGGUGUGGCGAAUGGGGGCAUAAUGAGGACGGAUGUGGUGGAUGUUUCGUACCAUUCAAGAUGA